CUUUUAUCAAGUGGUGAUUUUAUGCAAUGGCAUCAAGCCACAGUUCUUCACCAGUGCCUCAGUCCAACAGCAGUGAUGCGUUCUUUAAAAAGGAAGUGGAUGCCACAAAACGCUUUCGGCCCGUGCAGUCACUGCCUGACGUGUGUCCCAAGGAACCUACAGGCGAUCCCAGUAAUUUAUGUGACAGCCCAUCUCUAGUUGUGGAUCAGCACAGAUGGACUAUUUAUCAUUCCAAAGUCAAUCUCCCAGCAGCGCUAAAUGAUCCUAGGUUAGCAAAAAGGGAAUCUGAUUUCUUUACAAAAACAUGGGGAGUGGACUUUGUGGACACUGAAGUCACACCUUCAUUCUACCUCCCACAGAUCACCAAGGAACAUUUUGCAUUAUACCAACAGGAAAUCAGUCCGAGAGAGAAAGUUCAUGAAAGAUGCAAGAAUAUUUGUGCUCCUAAAGAUACCUUCGACAGGGCUCUAUUACACACCCACGAUAAAUCCAGGACAGAUCUGGAACAAGUACCUAAGAUUUUUAUGAAACCAGAUUUUGCCUUGGAAGAUUCCUUAACAUUUAAUGCCGUUUUACCAUGGUCUCAUUUUAGUACUGCUGGUGGAAAAGGAAAUCGUGACGCAGCUUCCUCCAAGUUACUUCAAGAAAAGCUGAGCUAUUAUCUGGACAUUGUGGAAGUCAAUAUUGCUCAUCAGAUUUCUCUGCGCUCAGAAGCGUUUUUUCAUGCAAUGACCUCUCAGCAUGAGUUGCAGGACUACCUCAGGAGAACCUCCCAGGCUGUAAAAUUACUUAGAGAGAAAAUCUCCAAAAUUGAUAAAGUAAUGUGUGAAGGAUCACUUCGAGUUUUAAGACUGUCACUCACCAGAAAUAACUGUAUAAAAGCAUACAAUAAACUGAAGUUAAUGGCUACUGUACACCAAACACAGCCCACAGUACAGUUGCUGCUAUCGACUUCCGAGUUUGUUGGAGCUUUGGACUUAAUAGCAACAACGCAGGAGGUGUUACAGCAAGAGCUUCAAGGCAUUCACAGUUUCCGGCAUCUUGGCUCACAGCUUUGUGAACUGGAAAAGCUGAUAGAUAAAAUGAUGAUUGCAGAGUUUUCAACUUAUGCUCACAAUGAUUUAAAUAGACCCCUAGAAGAUGAUUGCCAAAUUCUAGAAGAGGAGAGACUUGUAUCACUAGUAUUUGGACUUUUAAAACAAAGAAAGCUAAAUUUUUAUGAGACGUAUGGAGAUGAAAUUAUUAUUACUGCAAAGAACAUAAUUAAACAGUGUGUGGUUAAUACGGUAUCGCAGAUAGAAGACAUAGAUACAGAAGUGGUUGUUAAGCUUGCAGACCAGAUGAGGAUGAUGAAUUUUCCUCAGUGGUUUGAUUUACUGAAGAAUAUUUUUUCUAAGUUUACCAUCUUCCUCAAGAGAAUAAAGGCAACGUUAAAUACUAUCCGUAGUGUGGUGUUCUUGGUUCUAGACAAGAACCAAAAAACCAGAGACCUGGAGGACACCUUACAAAAGAACUCUGCUAAAGACAGUACGGUGGACACAGAAGUGGCUUAUCUGACUCAUGAAGGGAUGUUCAUAAGCGAUGCGUUCGGCGAAGGGGACCUCCCGCCUGUAGCAGCUGACACUACCUCUCAAAGAAACACUUCCCCGAACAGUGAGCCCUGUAGCAGUGAUUCAGUCUCUGAACCAGAGUGCAUUACUGAUUCCUCAUCCAGCAAAGAGCAAACGUCGUCUUCUGUUACUCCAGGGGGAGUAGAGAUGAUGAUCAGUGAUGACAUGAAGCUGACUGACCUGGAACUGGUCAGGCUGGCAAACAAUAUUCAGGAGUUACUUUAUAACGCAUCUGAUAUCUGCCAUGAUCGUUCAGUCAAGUUCCUCAUGGCAAGAGCAAAGGAUGGCUUCCUAGAGAAGCUGAAUUCCAAUGAGUUUGUUGCUCUUUCUCGCUUGAUGGAAGGCUUCAUCUUGGAUACUGAGCUGAUAUGCGGCAGGAAAAGCAUGUCCUUGCGAGGAGCACUUCAGAGUCAAGCCAAUAGAUUUGUGAAUAGAUUCCAUGAGGAGAGGAAGACAAAACUAAGCCUACUUUUGGACAAUGAGCGCUGGAAGCAAGCUGAAGUUCCUGCCGAGUUUCAGGAUCUUGUUGAUUUGGUGUCAGAUGGCAGAAUUUCUCUCCCUGAAAAAAUAACAGCAGCUACUGAAGAAAGAAAGCCAGCUGAAUUCCUUGUUGUUGAAGGACAAAAAUAUGCAACAGUUGGGACAGUAUUGCUGUUAAUAAGAAUAAUCCUUGAGUAUUGCCAGUGUGUGGAUAACAUUCCUUCCAUCACCACUGACAUGCUUACCCGCCUGUCAGAUUUACUGAAG